AUGGACCUCCCGGAUGGUGCUCGCAACACAGCACUGGUCUAUGCGUCUGAAAGUGGUCAUGCAGGUUGCGUUGAGUUGCUGCUGGAGGCCGGUGCCAACAAGGAGCUGCAUGGUCAGCAGGGCAGCACGGCUCUCAUGGCAGCAGCCGAGUCUGGGCACUUGGCAAUUGUGCAGCUGCUGUUGGCAGAGGACGCCAACAUUGACUCACAGGACUCGUUCGCCUCUACCCCACUGAUCUGUGCGGCCGAAGAGGGCCAAGUGCAGAUCGUGCGGCUCAUGUUAGAAGCUAAGGCCGAGAAGGAUCUGCAGAAUUUCAUGGGGCACACCGCACUCAUGCGCGCAGCUUACAAUGGUCACGCGGAUGUUGUUCAAUUGUUGUUGGAAUCCCUGGCCGACAAGGAUUUGCAGGCCCGUCAUGGGAACACGGCUCUUUUGUUUUCAGCGCGGGACGAUCACGUGGAGGUCGCACGGUUGCUGUUGGAAGCUGCUGCAGACAUGGAGCGUAGGGGUGACCGUGGCAACACAGCUCUCAUUACCGCAGCCGAAGGUGACUUCUUUCAGUUGACAGAGUUGCUGUUGGCGGCUGGUGCCAACAAGAAUGCGCAGAACGAGGCGCGAAACACAGCGCUCAUUUGCGCGGCUGACAGGGGCCAUGUGGAGGUUGCUCGGCUGCUGCUGGAGGCACGUGCGGACAAGGACCUGCAGAAUCAGUAUGGCAGCACCGCCCUCAUUUUUGCAGCCCACGGUGGGCAUCAGGAGAUCGCGCAGAUGCUGGUGGCAGCUGGUGCUGACAAGCUCCUGAAGGAUAACUUUGGCCAUGACGCUCUGGUUUAUGCGUCUGCAAGUAACGAUUUGGCAAUUGUAGAGAUGCUGGAGGAAAUGGCGCCAGGUAGCGCAGCAAUCUGA